AUUGUAUGUUUAUAUAUGCAGAUCCUGCUCAGAUGUAUUGUGAGGGUAGCUCAACAAUUGUCUCAUACUACAAUGCUAUUCACCAACAGCUUAGAAAACCUAUAUUUUAUUGACUGAUAGCACUGUUAGCUUAUUCGCAUGUGAAACCGCAUAUACUCGGGAGUAUACAAAACACCUCCGAUGCCGCCAUUGCGGGGACUCGAUUCAUCAACCCCGAAUCAGCAACACUCGAUCGACUUCGACACAGCCAUGUCUGCUCUUCACAAAUACCUACAGACGAGCCUACGAUGGAGCCCCCAAGAGCACGGGGAACAGGUCGCUCCGGCCCGCGAAGACGAACAGGCUGCUUGACUUGUAGAUCGCGAAAGGUCCGAUGCGACGAAGCGAAACCACACUGUUCCAAUUGCUCCCGACUCCGUCUGGGAUGCGUCUACGACCAGUUCUUUUUCGGGAGGGCCAUACCGCGACGACGGAGUAGGACUGCUACGGUUUCGGAGAGCGAGAGUCCAGGGACCUCGGGGCCACCGUUGGUACCGGCAGCAGAGACACCAGCGACAGUGUCAGUCGAAGCGACGUCAACAAUUGAGACUCCGGGACGUCCGAGUGUCAAUUUCUUGGAUACCGUUUUACGAGCGGACGAGCAACGGCAGCGGGAAUUCGGGACAGGUGAUAAUGCUAGAGGGUCGGGCCUGGCGGGACCGUUUGAUAUGCUUGGUUUCAUCGGGGAGAUUACAUCUGAACUGGGACAGAAGCAGUUGAAUAUCCUCAAUGGGGUGUCAGACUUUAUCAGUCCGACGUUGGCCAGUCCUGGCGAGCAACAGACAUCGAUAAACGAUGGGGUCUCGGCAGAAACCAUAGACGGAAACCAGCCAGAGACACCGGAGAUGACAGUCUCGGAGAACGGAACUCAAGCGACAUAUGAGGAGCAAUUACUGAUGCAUUUUCUGGAAAUCGAGUCGCUUCCGACGAUCUUCGGGCCAGUCAGUAUGGAAUGGAAAUAUGCGCGUCCAGCCUUGUUAUCGCAAUCACUCGACUCCAUCCCACUGUUGAAUGCUGUGUAUUGUUACGCAGAUUUGCACAAGGCGAUCAUGGAGGGGAAACGAUGGAGGUUGGCACCGACGUAUCAUCGACGAGCCAGCCUGGGCAUUCAAGAAUGUACACUGGGAGACGUUGACGAGUCAACGCUGAAGAGGAUAUUUGCGGCAAUAUUUCUGCUCAUGCUGUCCGAGCUGGUUUCUUCCCCCGACUUAUGCCAUCCCGGGGCCUCAUUUCUGCACUCUGCAUAUCUACUGCUCCGACGAUUCCGCAAUCGAACAAGGUCAUGGACCGGACUGGCCCACCUGACAGCGUCGUGGGUUUCCUUGCUGGACGUCAAGGCAUUAAUUGCAGGCCGCGAUGGCGAUCCCCUUGUCGAAUUAGGCCAACUUUCGGAGCCUGAUUUGAGUUGGCAUGCAGAUAUUGGCAGCCUGCACUUUGCACGAGCAAAGGAACCCGACGAUGGCAGGGAUUUACUUACUAGACCGGGCUAUCUCAUUUAUGAUGCUAUUGCGGGACCCAUAUUUCGAUUUUACGUCCAAGCACAGCAAAUCAUCCGGCGCAUAAUCUACAUCGAUCUUCACCACCGUAGUCGCGGGACACUUAAUGACGAAUUUGAAGUCCUGCAGAUCGCACACAAGGUUGGCGCAGACCUGGAAACUCUCUGGAACCGCCGGCCACGGGUGAUGGACGUAUAUGAUAAACCAGAAGAACUAUUCGACACACUGAGCCCAUCUGUCGCCAUCGAAAUUUGUCAGACUUUUCGGCAGUAUGUAGCCAACUUCCUUGCCAGCUUCAUAUACUUGCAUCGGGUUGCGUUUGCUAUCUAUCCCCGGACAGACCGAGUGCAUGGUGCAGUGGACCAAAUCAUCCAGCUAGCGAGAGCUGAGACCGCUCAGCAAGACCAAAGAAAUCUGGUACCGAUGAGCUUCAUCUGGCCAUUAUUUGUGGCCGGUCUGGAAGGAUCGUUAGAGCAGCGGAGGUGGAUUGUACAGGAGAUGCGACGGAUGGCCGAAAAUGCGACUGCGCCGCAGCAGAGACAUCCUAAUGUGACGCAGGCGCUGAUGUUGCUGGAGGAAAUGACACGACGGCAGGAUGAAUCUCGGACGGGAGCGGACUCGCGAUGCGUAAGACGGGAAUUGUUUGCUGAUUCUUUCGUGAUGAUAUGAUACCCUAAAAUACGGUAGUACCGGCUUCAGAGCGUUCGCUUUCUUCCGUAGCUUCAGUAAAUGCGCCAUCAAAUUUGUCUCGUUUGACUCAAGAACAUCGCAUUACAGUUUCGACGCAAAGGAAUACUUUUGGAUAGGGUGGUUUACGAUGUGAAUGUUGGAUAUGUGAUGGAGCUAGCGGUUUCCUAAUCGGGAGGUAGAGAGGCUUUUCUCACUAGCAUCCUUUUUCAUUCAACCUGUCCUUUUGCAGUCUCUUUUACAUUUUCUGCAAUCCUUCGCACGUAUAAUGAUGUGGCUGGUCAAUGUUGCAGUUGCUAAGCAUGCGGGGCCCGGCGCUAAAUGCAGCAAUAAUAUGGGAUGCAGUAAUAUCCAUACACGAAGGUAUAUAUACACAG